AAGCAUACCAUUCCCUACAAAGAAAAGAGAAAAAAAGGAAAAUAAUAGCCUAGGGAAUCUGCCAUGGAGAGUCCUUCGCCUUCCUCUGCCUGUUCAAUUCCCAAAACUACUAACCGCUUCGCUAUUCCAACCACUUCUUCAACCCUUUACACUGCACACUUCUCUUCACUAUCCACAAACCCUUUAACUUUGCUCCCUCCAUUUCGCUUUACUUUUCCAGGAAAAUCUUACUUUCCUAGAAAAUGUUUGGAGCUCAAUUAUUUCACGGCUUUCUCCUCACUCUCCCGCCAGGACUACCUCAACGACGACCAGAACCCAUCUCAGGAAUUUGCUGUUCUUCUCGAAGUCGAAGGGGUCCUUGUGGAUGCAUAUCGUGUGGGAAAUCGCCAAGCCUUUAACACUGCAUUUCAGAAGCUUGGGUUGGACUGUGCAAAUUGGAGUGAGCCUGUAUAUUUAGACCUUGUAAGGAAGAGCGUUGGUGAUGAGGAAAAGAUGCUGAAUUUGUUUUUUAAUCGGAUUGGUUGGCCUACAUCAUUACCCACAAGUGAAAAGGGAUCAUUUAUCAAAAGUGUUCUGCGAGAAAAGGGUAAUGCAUUGAAUGAAUUUUUGGUGUCAAACAGUUUACCUUUAAGGCCUGGAGUAGAAGAGUUUAUUGAUAAUGCAUACAAUGAAGGUGUACCUGUGGUCAUACUAACUGCUUACUGUAAAAAUGCUGAUAAAAUUGCUAGAUCUAUUGCUGAAAAGCUUGGCAAUGAAAGAGUUUCGAAGGUAAAGAUUAUUGGCAAUGAGGAGGUAGAACAAAGCACAUAUAGUCGACUUGUACACAGUAAACAAUUUUCUUCUGGUUUAGAUGAGGAAAUAGCCAAGGAGGCAAAAAAAGCCGUUUCUGCGGAGAAACAAAGGAUAGCAGAGAAAGUUGCAUCCACACUAAAAGUUAGUGUUGAUAUUGAUACCAGUCCCUCUGAAAGCAUAGAGAAGAUCAUAACCGCACUGCGUGCUGGGGCAGAAAGUGCUGGUGUACCUGUCUACAAUUGUGUCCUCGUUGCAGGAAGUCAAUCUGGAGUAGCUGCAGCUGAGCGAGUAGCAAUGCCAUGCAUUGUGCUUCGGAGCAGUUUGACAUCUAGAGCUGAGUUCCCUUCGGCAAAAGCUGUAAUGGAUGGCUUUGGAGGUGCAGAUCUAACAAUCUUCAAAUUACGCCAAAAGACGCAAGGUUGACUUCUGUAAGUCGAUCAUUACUGUCACUCUUUUUUUUUUCUUCUUCAAAAUGAUAAAUGUCCCAACUCUCGAACAAACAUGUUAUGUUCUUGUCAACAUUAAUAUAAAGGUUAAAAAUGAGCACAAGGAGUUUUUUCAAGUUAAAAAUAAAACUAUGUUUAUUUUCAACACUUGUAACAAAUCAUUUAUAAAUAAAUUAUUUAAUGACUGUUGCAACAAUA